GCUAUUUCUCGCGACACUUCUCCCCCCUCUGUGGUUCUUGUUCCUUGACGCGUUGGUGACAUUGGGUUCAUUUUCCGGACCGUUGCUCGAGCUGUCGUGUUGCCGAACCGAGCGGAUCAUAAAUGAUAUCGAAGGGGAGAGUCUACGGUAAAGGUUCCGGGAUGUCGUCGGAGGUGCUGGCAGCGAGCGGCCUGAAGCAGUGCCAGCAGGCCCAGGAUCAGCUGGAGGACACCAUCGGUGCCGUGAUCAAGGCGGAGCAGCAGCUGAGGGAGAACGCCAGAGAGGUUCGCUCGGAGUUGCAGAGCUGCGUGAGCCGCCAGCAGGAGGCGCUGCGCUGCAGGGAGGUGUGGCUGUUGGGUCAGAUUGAGUUACUCGAACAAGUGAAGACGGAAACUCUGCAACAGCAGCUGCAUCAGCUGCACCGGCUCCGAGGUCAGUUUGACGUGAUCGCCCACCAGCUGCAGAACUCCAGCAGCAACGACCUGAACAACCAGCUGACCAGCUGCAUGGAGAAGUUGUCCUCUCUGAGUCUGACUCCAGAGGAAACACCUGAGAUGAGUUUCCAUGCCGACACUCGCUCUCUGAAGCAGGCCAUCACCUCAUUUGGCACCAUCACGGCCCAGCUUGUGGAGGGUAUGUCUUCUAAGAGCUCCACCCACCUGAGACCUCAGGUGCAGAGUUGUCCAAUCACAGCGAAGAAGCAGCAGAUGGCCGAGCCCUCCUCUCUGAGCAAUUGGCUGCUAGAAUCUCGACCCGCCAACAGAUGCGCUCCCAUUGGCUAUCAGUCUAGCACAGACCCGCAGGAUUGGCUGCUGCCACAGAAGGAGAGUAAGCAGACUUCCUGUCCCGAGAUGGCCUCCAUGGACUUCAUGAAAGCCUGGGGUCAGCUUAGGGACUUGGAGGCGUGGCUUAUUCAAGACCACUCCCCCAACCGGGAGAGAAGCGUCAGCAGCUGUAGCUCCUCCUUCUCCAUCGAAAAGAUAGACGAAAUGGAGCUGGCCGCUGAGGAGGAGGAGGAGCUGAACGACUGGCUUGUUACCCCGCCUACUGCUGCCAUGGAGACCAUGUCGGACGCCGAACGUUGGCAGCAUGUCUUUAAGCCGUUUGAGGAAAGCUGGUCAGCUGAUGAUUGGCUUUCGCCAGCGAGCCGGUCAAUCGGCAACUGCUCAUCGUGCUGUCAGACCAUCAGCGCCGUGGAGAUCGAAAACCUCGGCCAGCUCAAGUGCCUGAAGACCACGCCCACCUCAGGCACCACCUCGCCCACUUCCCCCGCCGCCGUGUCGAUGCCAGCGUCUCUGGAGAUGUGGUUGCAGAAGACGUCACCAACGCUGCAGACCUGCCGCGCCAACGAGCUCUGCUCCGCCUACUCGGCCUGCGUCUGCGAGGAUAACUGCGGCAAGGAGGCGCUCAGCCGCUGGCUCCUGCAGCAGGAGGACCGCGACAAGAACGGCGUCCCCAAGAACACCCUGCCCACUGCAAAGAACGCCCCGGCCACACCCUUCCACCGAGAGCAGGAACAGAAGGUUCAGGCCAUCCUGGAGGCGUGGCUCCACCCCAGAACCGGCUCCACCCCCUCCAGCUCUCCUCUGCAGGCUUUCACCUCCUCGCUCUCCGGCUGGGUGGCAGCUGAGGAGGAGAAGGCGAGCCGGGAGGAGAACGGCUCGUCCUUGUCUCUCUUCCAGAGCCCUCUGGAGACGGACCUGUGGCUGUUUCCACGGAAGAGCCCAGCGCCCGCAGCGCCGCCCCAGGAGGAGGAGGAGGAGGAGGAGGACAAGUGGCUGCUGAGGAAGAGGAGUCAAGCUCAGGAACGCCUCGCUGUGGCGCUGCCCACCAUGUGUGACCUGUUCUCUUGCAUGAAGGUGGGCGGAGACAAAGAGAAGUGGCUGCACAGAUCUCCCGUACAGAUGUGACGAUGAUGACGACAAUGAUGCUUCUUCUUCUCUUCUGGAGUCACUUUAUCGCUGAUCAGCGCACACGAUCUCAUCUAUCUAACCAUCGUCGCUGACGCCUUUUUCUCCUUUCUGUGACAUCAUCAUGCAGUGCCGCCGCCCACCAUUGACCGCCAGUCAGCAACAGCCUAAAGCCCCUUUCAGAUGUAGCUGGCCCCGCCCUUUGAUUAACGUGGCAGGAAACAGGAUGUAGGAGUCUGAAAGGGGCCUCAGCAGUUUCAUCAGGUCAAAGUUCAUAUGGCUACAGAGAGUGUGGCGAGACGUUUCAGCUUCUAAUCAAUAACCGAUAAGUCACCAAUUAAUAAUCAGUAUUUAGAGCUGCGAGUGUUUCACUUGUCCUGGAAGAGAUGUGAGGGGGCGGGACUAUAUGGAAGAGUGCGUGGGGUUUAUUUUAAACAUAAAUUAGUCUUUAUUUUAUAAUACGACUGAUGUCACUUCCUUAAACCACAUUUUUGUUUUUCUAAAACCUGCUGACAUCAGAGACUCACUUCCUGUCUGGCCUGCAGGCUUCCAUCCUGUAACGUGGUUUGUUGGCAUAAGAGGAGGGACUCAGUUUCCCAGAGUGCUUUGUUGGAAGAAGCUGUGCAGGCUGGUCACGUGACUCGGGUCAGCAAUUGGUGCUUUCCAUUGCAGCUCUCUUGUGAGGCGUGUGGGGGGGGGCGGGCUUCAUCACAUGUAGCUGUGAUGUCAUCACUUUUUCCUGCUGUGAUUCUCUACAGUAAUAAAGUUUUCUGACAUC